CUCGAUGGGCAGCUCCCACCUGCUCAACAAGGGCCUGCCGCUCGAAAAAAGAGAAUUCAAGAUUUUGUUUUGAGGGGAAAACAGAAAAAAUAAAGAAUUACAAGGACUUUGCAAACAGAUGUUAGCAAAUGAAAGGCAUUCGACCACCAAUCAUGAAUGGGCCGAUGCACCCACGCCCGCUGGUAGCGCUGCUGGAUGGCAGGGACUGCACCGUAGAAAUGCCUAUCUUGAAGGACGUUGCCACGGUCGCGUUUUGUGAUGCGCAGUCCACGCAAGAAAUUCAUGAAAAGGUACUCAACGAAGCAGUUGGGGCUCUGAUGUAUCACACCAUCACUUUAACUCGUGAAGAUCUGGAAAAGUUUAAAGCACUUCGAAUAAUUGUUCGAAUUGGGAGUGGUUUUGAUAACAUCGACAUCAAAUCUGCUGGAGAUCUAGGGAUAGCCGUCUGCAAUGUCCCAGCAGCGUCAGUCGAAGAGACGGCAGAUUCGACACUGUGCCACAUCUUGAACCUGUACAGGCGGACGACGUGGCUCCACCAGGCCUUGCGCGAAGGCACGCGGGUGCAGAGCGUGGAGCAGAUCCGGGAGGUGGCGUCUGGGGCCGCGAGAAUCCGGGGGGAGACGCUGGGCAUCAUCGGGUUAGGGCGAGUCGGGCAGGCAGUUGCACUGCGAGCCAAAGCCUUUGGCUUCAAUGUCAUUUUCUACGACCCGUACCUCUCGGACGGCAUUGAGCGUGCCCUGGGGCUCCAGCGGGUGAACACCCUGCAGGACCUGCUAUUCCACAGCGACUGCGUGACCCUCCACUGCAGCCUGAACGAGCACAACCACCACCUGAUCAACGACUUCACCAUCAAACAGAUGCGGCAAGGGGCUUUCCUGGUGAACACUGCCCGAGGGGGGCUGGUAGAUGAGAAGGCGCUUGCGCAGGCCCUGAAGGAAGGGCGGAUACGAGGGGCAGCGCUGGACGUGCAUGAGUCAGAACCGUUCAGUUUUAGUCAGGGUCCUCUGAAGGAUGCACCAAAUCUGAUCUGUACCCCACACGCCGCCUGGUACAGUGAACAAGCUUCAAUAGAGAUGAGGGAAGAAGCAGCGCGGGAAAUCCGGAGAGCGAUCACAGGUCGUAUUCCAGACAGCCUGAAAAACUGUGUCAACAAAGAACACUUGACUGCAGCCACACACUGGGCCAGCAUGGAUCCGGGAGUUGUCCACCCAGAGCUCAAUGGGGCUGCGUACAGUAGGUAUCCUCCCGGCGUGGUGAGCGUGGCUCCGCCCGGCAUCCCCACAGCCGUCGAAGGAAUCGUCCCCAAUGCCAUGUCUUUGUCACACGGGCUGCCAGCUGUCUCCCACCCUCCCCACGCCCCUUCGCCAGGCCAAACCGUCAAACCGGAAGCUGAUCGAGACCACACGAAUGACCAAUUGUAGCCCAAGAAGACAUCAUUCCCAACGUUGGUGGUUGCAGCUUUGCAGAGUGUGUGGGAAACCAGGUGGACUUUUAAGAGAUGCAAAACCUUGAACAUACUGGAG